GUGUAGCACGACGUAUGUCCGGUCUCGCGCCGACAUCCUCUCGAGCGAUCGAUCUCGCGUAACGCGUUACGUACGUGUAGGACCGUUCCCUCUCGAGCAGCACACGUGAGAUCACCCGUUCUCGGUCCGCUGGCAACCGCUAUAAAAGAUGUCGCAGUCGGAACAGGGCGGCAGUGCGCAGUGCGAGAAAGACAUGUCCACGUCCAAGAGUAGCUCGAUGUUGCGCCUGAAUCAGGAGGGCCGACGCGGCUCCGCCGACUGGCACGACACCGACUCGGAGGUCAGCGAGAACGACUUCCUCACUAAGGGCGCCUUCCUCCUCACCCCCAGCCACGAGCUGAGCAUGGAGAAGGCCGCCACCAUCUGCGAGAAGAUGAACUUCCGAGGCGCAUUUUCUUUGACGAAGACCGCCACCGGCAUUCUCUUCAAGUUCAGCAACAUCGAGGACUUUCAAGCGGUGUAUAAAAAAGGCUUUCACAAAGUGACGGGCGCCCGUUUCUACAAAAAGGUCGCUAUACCGUGUAGACCGGCGAAGAUCUUCACGGUCUACGUUCUAGAUGUGCCCGAAGAACUGCCGGAGGACGAUAUUAGACACGCUCUCUACAAAUAUCGAUCUAUCGUCGAAGUAACCAGACUACCUCUGAAUACGGGAACUGUUUUGAAGGCCAUCAAUGACAAGCUAAAGAGCGACGCGCAGAAUCUGAACGAGCCGGCGACGAUUUAUACGGGGCCACCCGUUAUAAGGGUUACCCUGGCCAGCGUGGAGGAGACCUCGAUGCUGCUGAGCCGUGGUUUGGAUUUUUAUGGGGCCACAUAUUUCCCCACCGAAACGCCCCAUCCAGCCGCUCAACCCCUCGCAAAAUACAAAAACAACAGAUGGAUCGAGUUGGCGUCGAUCGGCACGGGACAAAGAGUGAGGGACCUACUUCCGGUCUUUGACAACGCGGGCUUCAACAAAUUGCCACCUCCGGCGAGCCGUGUAAUAAAACCGCAAAGAAACUGACACGUCCCCCGUCCGGCACCCCGAAUUCUUCGGCCGCCGCCAUCGCCGCGAUCGAUAACGGCGACGAAUCGAGGGAGGACGCCACCGCGAGGACGACGUUACGACCCGACGACGACGACGCUAAUGCAGACGACUACCUCGAUCGAAAUUCGGGCAGCGGCGCGAGGAUCCGCUUCGUGCGAUUUCGGCGCGACUCUAAUUCUCCGUCGAUCGCGACGUAUGAAGGAACGAGGCUUGCCGCCGUACGUAUACGAGAUAACGCACAAGAGAGGCAAAAUAUAGAGGAGGCUCGCGCGUAUUUCGAAUCGAGUGGACAACCGAAUCAAAAGACACACGCCUAGAGUGUAGGGGAAGUCCAGGUUCAAACCCUGGCUGAGGUAAUAUUUUUCGCAAUCAAUUUUCUGUAUUAUUAAAAAUGCCAGAUAUACGGUCAAGAAAACACUGAUUGCGAAUUAAAAGAAUCCACGGAGGGACUUGACACCGUUUCGUUCUUUCAAACAGAAUGACUCGGUUAUUUCAUCUCUGCGGGGAGCAGACGUGUGGGUGUGCGCGCGAAGACUAGAUUCACACUUUCCUCAAUGUAGAAUACAGCUGAACGGUAUGCCGCUAAUGUUAAUUUUACCUGAUAAAAGCGAGGCGUGGAAACUCGUGAGAUUGCACACGGUGAGACUCGUCCCUCCGAGCGGGCGGUGAUACGGCGCGUCGGACAGUUGAGCACGUAGUAAUACGUCAGCGUGUGUCGCACGCUGCCUCGCCCUGUCGUUCCGUUACUCGUGGGAAGGAUAUUGUUUAUAUCACUCGCGCCGACUCGCAUAAAAACAUUACGCGCGUAGUUAUUUCAACGCGUCACACCGACAUUGGCUCCGGCUCGAUCGAGGGUGGACGUUCACCAACUUAUACCUCCGCCAAUGAGUACUGAACAAUUUUAUUUCCGCGUGUGUGCGAACCGAACUUUCUGAGAGACUCUCCGCACAAUAUCGCGGAUAACUGAGUUAUCGCGUGUACAUUAAAAGCGAAUAACUUUGACUUAUUUUACGCGAACGAAGAGGAGAGAGAUGGCAUCUUUCUGACAUCGCAAAUUCUUCCUUCGGAUACACAUUGUCUGACGAUGUCACGUACUUUUUUUUUCGGAUUUAUUACGGAUUUAAUAAGUGCGUGAGCAAAUUCUCCCUCUAGUUGCACAUAAUACGGAGGGAAGAGACUAUCCGUCGAAAGAUUAAUUCUGCUUGUUCCCCCGUAUUAUACACACGAAAUCCGGUUAAAACGUAAGUCCAGCCAUAUAUCUUUCAGAUGCAUAUGCGACCGAUGGAGGGUCAAGCGUAAUGUGCAGAGGGAAACUGCAUUAUACGCUCGUGACUCGGUAGAGCCAUUUCCUCGACACGCACACGCACCGUAAGAUACACCGUGCCGGUUCGCAGGUCGACGUGAUUUCUAAUCCCGUCUCCCUCGCAUGUAGCGAAGGUUCCUAUUUUUCCGUUGGUGGAAAGGUCAGCGCCGCGAUAUCAAACCGCAAUAUAUAUAUAUAUGAAAUUACCGUUCCUAUCAGUCGCCUACUUUUGCGCCAGUCACGCGACUAACAUUAUCUUAAAACGCAUUAAGUCGAUCACGCGCCAGAAAUUAAUCCGCCGGUGCGCUGAUAACCGGGAUUUCACGGAGCAAAGUAAUCGAAUAUGUGAAAUUAUACACUCCAGCUCUCUCCCGUGUAAGCAUUUGAAUGUUACUCCGUUUAUUGAUGUCUCAUCGCGUGAAAAAACUUUCGUGAGAAUUGACCGAAAUUCAAAAUUCAUUAAAUAACUUGUUUCAAAAAGAAACAAUGUAUUUCGUUUUUAUUGCACCGGUGGAUUUCUAAAUGUGGAAAUUAGUUAGACGCGAAGCUUUUUUUGAUCGCAUAAAUGACUACGUUGCGAGUACAAAUAAUUGUAAACGAAAUUUUACGAAGAUACUUUUACGUACAAGACCUAAUUCUUGCUAGAAGAUUGCAGAUUUACUAAUAAUAAUACAAAUAUGUUUAAGUAUAGUUAAUAUAUUUUUCUAAUAAUAUAGUAACGACUCGAUUUUAUAGUAUUUAGAGAUUUAAAAGCUAGUAUUUACGUUUAUUAAUAAUAAUAAUGUAACUAUUAAAACAAGCAGACAUUAG